AUGAGUUGGACAAAGACAUUGACAGCCUUCCUUACAGCUGUCGUGAUUGUAAUGUCUUGUAUGACUCCAUGUGAUGGCUCAUAUGCUUUUCAAGCUUUUCGAAUGCAGCAAUAUCAAUUGCAUGGAGUAUCUUAUGGCUGUAAAAGUGCUCUUGUCAAUAUGGAAGUACGUUUAGCAAAUUCCGAUUUAAUUCUGCGCCGAUGCAUUUUUAUACGUAUAGCCGAUUUGACUAUUGAUAAAUUUCAAGCCCUAAUCAAUAAUGGGGCUGGAGCGAUAGUUGUACUAUUACCGUCCGAAUUCUACACCUCACCCAUGGAAAAUAGAAAGGACUGGCUGGAAUUAGAGCACCAAAUUAUGGAAGAAGAAGUGCCCGUACCAGUGUAUUUCACCGUUGAAGAUGCAAACUUAACAUCGAUAUAUACAGAAAUACAACAGUCUGCAGAUGCCACUUCUGGAUCGACAGCAAUAGCAGCCAUUCUUGAUUCCGUUGCAAGCUUUGGUUACCAAAUCUACAGUGAUGGUAAAGAAUCUAAACCAGACAGCGAUGCAAAAUUAGUCAAUUUUUACGGCAAGCUGAUAGGAUUUGGUAUAGAAGAACAACUUCCUACUAUAGCAUUUGUAACACACUACGAUUCUUUUGGAAUCGCACCUGGACUGGCGUACGGUUAUGAUACUAACGGUAGUGGUGUUGUUGCUCUUUUAGAACUUGCUCGAUUAUUUUCAAGGUUUUAUUUGCUUCGAUCAAUGAUAGUAUACAACUUACUCUUUGUCCUCACGGCGGGUGGAAAUUUCAAUUAUCACGGAACAAAAAAGUGGAUUGAAGAAGAAUUAGAUUCUGCAGAUUCCAACCUAUUGACCGACGUUGACUACGUUGUAUGUAUCGAUUCCAUUGGUCGUUCAGAAAAUUUACAUCUCCAUGUAUCGAAACCACCUAAGGAAGAUACUGCUGGUUAUGCUCUUGUAAAGGAAUUCAAACAAACUGCUGAAAUGCUUGGUAUCAACUUCACGAUGAUACAUAAGAAGAUUAACUUAGGAGAGGAUUUGCUUUCCUGGGAGCAUGAAAGAUUUUCACUCAGACGUCUGCCUGCCGGAACAAUCUCACACUUUAAUCAUCACGUAGAUAAAGGACGGCGAACUAUCUCGGAUACUAGAUUCGAAGCCAAUGUUGAUAUCAUUGAGAAAAAUGUAAAAUUUAUUGGAGAAUCUGUUGCACGCUAUAUAUUUAACCUUUCAUCUCAGUCAUUACAUCGUGAUUUCAUCGAAACCUGGAUGCAUCAACUUACAAAGCAGCCCAGAGGAGCGCAAUUAUUCGGAAAAGAUCAUAAUUUAUUGAAUGCUUUUGAACAGGUCAUGACAGCCCACCUAAAAGAUGUGAAAAAAAUUAUCAUGCGCCCUGAUAAAAAGGACCCGGAAUUCAUAUUUUAUGAUUCUUCACUAAUGCAGUUACAUGCAUACAGGGUCAAGCCAGCUUUAUUUGAUCUCUUCCUAGCUGUUGGAAUUGCCGCAUAUGUUGGGAUUGUAUAUCUCAUCGUUCAGGUGAUACUAAUUACCAAAUACAUCACUCCCUAA